AUGGUCGUACUGGCCUUAAUAGUUCUUUUCCUACUCCAGAAGCUGGACUUUCUACAUUUUAUUCCUUCUCUGCCGGACAACGUUCAGUCAACGCCAUAUACACCCGAACAAUCAGUCGACGACGACAGAUUCCAUUGGAAAAAGCUUCCUCUACGCUAUCCGGUAUCGUCAUAUGCUCACCUCCCGAAAAGUAACGCGAAGCUUCCGCAAGUCCAACAUGCCUUUGGCCACGAGUCGACGGAGGAGGCAACUAUACGACAGAAGCGCCAGAAAGAGGUCAAACGAGUACUACAAAGAUGCUGGUCAUCAUAUCGGGAACACGCCUGGCUGUCUGACGAGCUCGCGCCUGUUACUGGAUCAAAAAAGGACACUUUUGGUGGCUGGGCUGCCACUCUGGCCGAUACCCUAGACACUUUGUGGAUUGCGGAUCUCAAAGAUGAAUUCCACGACGGUGUAGAGGCUUUACUGGAUAUCGACUUUACCAAAAUAUCACAAGGGGAGAUCAAUGUGUUCGAGACCACCAUUCGUUACUUGGGAGGCUUCAUCGCUGCUUUCGACCUCAGUGGAGACCGCCGUCUUUUGGAUAAAGCGAUAGAGGUCGCCGAGAUGCUUUAUAUUGCUUUCGACACGCCCAAUCGCAUGCCUAUCACGAGGUGGAAUGUUAAAGAUGCCGCUGCAGGUAAACCACAACUGGCAGGUGAAGGAGUGCUCGUUGCGGAGAUCGGCUCCUUGUCGCUCGAGUUUACCAGACUCGCACAAAUAACCCGCAACGACAAAUGGUACGACUGUAUUGAUCGAAUCAUGCAGGUCUUCGACCGACAGCAAGGCAGCUCGAAUAUUCCGGGUAUGUGGCCGCUUGUGGUCAACGCUCGCACACAAGACUUUGCAUCUGGAGACCAUUUUACGCUUGCCGCCAUGGCCGACUCUCUCUAUGAGUAUCUUCCGAAAAUGUAUGCCCUUCUUGGCGGCUCGUCAAUGUACGCUAAGAUGUACGAAGACGCUAUGAGCACUGCUAUUCAGGAGACCGUAUUCAAACCAAUGGUCCCGGAUAAUGCGGAUAUCUUAUUGUCUGGUAACGCGCGAUCAGAUCGCAGAGGCGAGUCUCAACUGCAGCCACAAGGACAACAUUUGGUCUGUUAUGCUGGUGGCAUGCUGGCAUUGGGUGGACGACUGCUCAAGAAUGAGACGCAUAUUGAGCUUGGGCGAAAGCUCACCGAUGGCUGUAUCUGGACGUAUGAAGCCACCCCACUAGGUAUUAUGCCCGAAGUCUUUGACAUGAUGCCAUGCGGACUAGGCUCAAAAUGUCCUUGGGACGAGGCCAAAUGGAAAUCAAGCGUCCUGGAGAAAGCAAGCCAAGAUUCAGGAGCGGACGCAUCCGAGGUAAUCAAACACGAACGCCUGCCCCCUGGCUUCACAUCCAUCUCCGACAGACGCUACAUCCUCAGACCAGAAGCUAUCGAGAGUGUCUUCCUUCUUUACCGCAUUACAGGCGAUCCUCUGCUGCAAGAGAAGGCCUGGCAGAUGUUCACCAACAUAUCCAAGUACACUGAGACAGAGUUUGCGAAUGCGGCACUCAGAGAUGUUACAGAUCCUUCUGCACCAAAAGAUGAUAGCAUGGAAAGUUUUUGGACUGCUGAGACUCUCAAGUACUUUUACUUGAUCUUCAGUGAGCCUGACUUGAUCAGUCUGGAUAAGUUUGUCUUCAAUACUGAAGCACAUCCGUUCAGAAGACCAUAG